AUGUCAACAACUCAAAAUCAGAAUAUCAAAGAUGUAUCUGAUUUCAUUUAUACAUUCCCUAAAAAACACACGGAAGGUGUAAAAACACAACACUGGCAGCUUAAAGACAUGUUAAAAAUUAAUAACGGGAAUUUGAUAUUUCCACAAUCAAAUAAAAUUUAUUCCUACGAUUACACCGCACAGAUAAAGUAUCCACUCACCCAAGAAUUAAUUUUUUUACCAACUUCUUUAUGCGCACAAGAAGAGCUUGUUGUUGUUGGUGGAGGAAAAGGACAAUUAUAUGUAAAAAAUCUUUAUACUAAAAAUCAUAAAUACUUUUUUUUAAGUGAUCAUAUCAAUAAUCAUAUAUCAAUACAUGAUAAAACAAUAUAUGUAUCUAAUAAUGACAAAAUAUUAAGAAUUUUAUCUUUAGAAAAAGACCAUAUUAAUCAAAUUAAUUUUAUAUCUCAGGUAAACUUUUCUAGUGUUAGUCCUGAUGGAAGAUUUUUAAUAUUAGUCGGUGAUACAAAUGAUGUUUUUGUUUACACAAUUGAAAAUAAUGGUUAUAAAUUUUUUAAAAAAUUGAAAACUGUAAAUGAUGGAGGAUUUAGUGUCACGUGGAAUAAUUUGUCCAAUAAAUUUGCAGUAGGAACACAAGAUGGAUUUGUUUGUGUAUGGGAUAUUCGAUCAGAUGAGAAACUCUAUACAUUGUGUAGUAAACAACAAGGAUCACACAGGGGAGCGAUACGUAAUGUAUUUUUUAGUACAAAAAAAUCGCUAGAUUUAUUAUUUUUUACAGAACAAUCUUCUUAUUUAAGUGUUUAUGAUACACGCACUUUUACAAAGCGACAUGUCGUAAAAGUCGAACAGGAUCUGCAAAUCACAGGAGCAACAAUUUCUGAAGAAGACUGUAAAAUUUUUGUCUCCUCUGAAUCUACCAUUUAUGAAUAUGAUAUAAAUACGGUUAGUCGUCGUAUUUUUGACACAAAAUAA